GUAGAGGCUGGUAUAUUGGACAUUUUGGGGCCGGAUGAGGUCUGAAGGAAGAUUUCGUUUUUCUUUAUGGGAUGGAAGGGAAAUUUGUGGGCGGUCUGAGGGAAAUCCGUCUUGGCCUCUUGAAACACUGCGCUUCGGCCUCAGUCUUUUGACACUUUGCAAGACCGACGGUCUAUCUCGCUCGGACGUAGCGCCCAUCGGCUGAGAUGAUGAGAACGUCCGUCUUCAUCAGGAGCCCGGUCUGAUCAGUUCCGAAAGUGUCGCCCUGUUGAAAAACCUCGCCGGUCGAGUCCUCCCGUCGCGUAUUCUCCUCAACCGUAGACCCCAGCUCUUCCCCUAGGCCGAUUCGUAAACAAAGUCUGAAUUCCGUCUUCCCAGUUCUCCAGGGGGUUCCGGAGCCGGUUCGAGGGAUGGUCCCUCCGUUCUGAUCCGCGAUGUAGCGUCUUUCAUCGGGUCGUGCGAGCGGUGGACCCUGCCAUGGCAUUCAUGAUGAAGAAGAAGAAGUACAAGUUCUCUGUUGAAUUGUGCCUGGAGGAGAUCACCGCGGUGCCGUUUCUCAGCGGUGUCCUCUUCGCCAAAGUCAGGCUCCUCGACGGAAAAAGCUUCAUCGAUACUUCCAGUCGAGAAGAAGUCCAGGACCAUAAAGUGAGGUGGGGAGCGAAAUUCGAAUUUGUUUGUAAAAUGAGUGCCAACGCAUCGACAGGCAUACUCGAUCCGUGCAUGCUUCGCAUUUCAGUUAGAAAGGAGAUAAAAGGAGGCAGAUCGUUCCAGAAAUUAGGCUUUACAGAUCUCAAUCUUGCUGAGUUCGCCGGCUCGGGAUGUAUACAGAGGAAGUGCCUACUGGAAGGCUAUGACACGAGACGCCGCCAAGACAAUUCAACACUGUCUGUCACGAUUAAGAUGAACAUGAUUUCCGGAGACAUUCUGUUCAAAGUACCAUCUCCAACGAAAAUGAGGCAGGAGAAAAUACCAACAGGUGAGACGAACCAAAGAGAUGAGAAUUCCGACAGGAGAGACGACUUCUCCGGCGGGAGCAUAGCGAGCGUCAGCUCUGGUUUCAGCAGCCUCACGAAAAAGAGGCCUCCGCUAUUUAAUUCAGAUGUCGCAGGCGAGGCGGAAGACAACGGCGGCCUCGUCGAAUGUUACCCUGGAGGUGCGGCUCCUCUGGACGAAGGCCUCGAAAUGGGCCAUUCUAGGAAUCCAUCGAAUACAAGUCAAAUGAGCAAAGGCUCCGGCUAUGGAUCGAUGAACAGCCAGCACAGCAGGCAGAGCAGUUCAGGCGACUCUGGCCACAUCAGGUGCCCUUCGUGGCCAGUCUGGUCGCCACGGCUAGGCCCGAUCCCCCCGACACCGCCUUUAUCGGCGUCCCCAGUGCCCAGCAAACUCUGGGCGUCCCCACUAUUAUUGAAACGGAAGGUCGAGGGUUCUCUCUUGGCGACGCCUAAGAGCGUGACCGCUUUCAGGUUCCCGCCUUGGUCGGCGCCCAGGGCGACCUCCUCCCCCGGUCUUUUGACCCAACCUUCGCCCUCGACUCCCCGAAGGCCGUUAUCGCCGCUCGCCAAGAACCCACCGGUGGAACUACACGAAAGAAACAAUGGAAGUUCCUGCCUUGUUGAGACUGGAUCGCUAGAUAGGGGCAAAGCGGCCCUUGAAAGGAGGAAGAAAGCGGCGGAAGAAGGGCCUGGGAGCGGCCGAGUCGAGUUCACUAGGUUUAACACCAAUUCGCUUAUUGAUCAACUGCUCAAAGCGACCAACUUAGAAAAUACAGAUGAAACAACAAAAACUACGGGUUUGCAGUUGUUCAUCGCCAAAGACGGUACCACGGCACUUGGCAGCCAGGAGGUGAAGAGCCAGAUGUCGGCAGGCGUAUUUAAACAAGUUGUUAUAGAAGAAAAUAGGUAACAAAGGCUCCUCACGACCCACAGUGCCAAGCCAGAUUUGUAUUUUCAUUUUAAUGUAGUUGAUUCGGAACAAAAGAACGACAUCAUACUUUUCGUAUUAUUGUCACCGGCAUCCUUGACAGGCAUGGGAGAUAAGUUAUUCAGGGAACAAAAAUGAAAUUCUUCAAAAUUUUCUUUGCCUAUCGAUUUUAAUUAGACAAUAUCAAUAAUAACUGUGCCCUUUGUUUAAUCGUCGUUGUGAUUGUAAAACAAAACAAAAAAUAUUAUGCUGUUAUCUAAUCGAUGUUUAACUACCAACACCAGAUUGAAAAUUAUAAAAGUGUUUCUUUUUUUAUUAUGCAUGUGCUUCCAAUAAUUAUAGAGAAAAAUAUAAUAAAAGUACAUAUAUAAAAGUAAAUUUGCCAAAUAAGUAAGGUAUUUUGUAUUUGGAAAAACAGAAAAAAAGCAAAAAAAAUUUUUGUCUCGUUGUGAAACAGGCCUCAAGCCUGGAGUGUUCAAAUAUAAUCAAUUAUAUAAUAUAUAACAAAAACAAAACAAGUAUAAUGGAAAAAAUAAACUCUUAAUGUGUAUUGUAAGUCUGCAAUAUUGAGCCUUGACGUAUCUAAGGUGUAAUUUUAACUUAUGCAUUUAUCUUGUUUGCUUUGUGUAAAAAAAGGUGGAUUUUAAAAUAAGCAAAAUAGGAGGAAAACAUGUAGUGUAAGAAUUCUGUUUCUUAAAUAUUCAAAAUGUGAUUUAGAGAGUUUUAUCAGCUCUGAUCAGGAUUGGAACGAAUGUUAUAAUUUGAAAAAUGAAAAAAAAAAAAAAA